UUUGGGAAAGUGCAGGUUAGAUAUUACCCAUUCAGGCAUUAAACCCUUCACAAUUGUUAUAAUGAAUACAAUUUUAGAAUCAAAGGUAUAUUUUCAAAAUUGAAAAGUUUUGUUUGUGUAUUUAGCUUUUGUCAGAGUCUGACACAAGAACAUUCAUGCAUGGACAAGUUUAGAACUUUUUCACCACAGCAGACUAGCAGGCUCCUUAUUAUUCAUAAUUUUUCUUGAGACUCUUAGCUGUACUAUCACAACAGCCAGAGGCAAUGUUUUUUCUGUAAAUUAAGCUUUGAAAUGCAGAUCGAAGUUCACUGAUUCAAUUGUGAUUAAUAAAUAGUGUGCUGAAAGUCUGUGAUCUUUGAUUGGGGUCACUGGUAGUGUUUGAAAUCAUGACCAUGAAGUAUUAUGAAUAAUGACCUGGCAUUUUUAAUACAACAUCUUUCAUUGCUUUUUUAUGUUUACACACUUAAAAGCAAAGUCAAUAAUUUAAUAGUGUCCACGUGAAUAUCAGUCCUAUUUCACACAUCAUUAACUCUUAGACUGUUCUCAAAAACUUGUUGCAUGAUUAAGUUUAUAACAUCAAGCUGUUUAGCAUGUCAUGCAUCAAUGCUACAACUUGAAAUGUGAGCAGCAGCUUAAUUGCUUGUACAUUUAAUGCAGUGGAAAUUAUCAUCCAUCAGUCUUUUCAAUUGCUCAGCAGAGAGAAAUAAUGAAGAUGUUUAAAAGCAUAGCUACAACUAAGUUGCAGAAUCACUCAGAGGUGCCAUUCAUUCUAUAGGAUCUCUUCUGUAUAUCAUGUUUCCUGCUUUUCUGGCAACACCACACAUGGCAGAAGGACCUGGUAAAACGCAGAGGAGCAAGACAAGUUCGCCAACACCAAGGCUUUGCAAGUUGGCUACCAGAAAAAUGUUUUACUGUAAGAUUUGUUUAUCAGAAUAUCCACACAAGAAGGGCCAGAAACUAGACAAAUGCAGUUGUAUAUUUUGUAAAGAGUGCCUGGGAAAGUAUGUAUCAUACUUGAUUAACAGUGGGCAAGUUCUAAAGCUGCCCUGCCCUGAUGCCUUGUGUCCCAGAAGUGGUAACAUGACCAAGAAUGAAAUUUCUUUGCUGGUUGACAGUGACAUGUUUGAGAAGUAUCAAAGACUGCUCAAACAGAAAGAGGUUGCUGUUGAUAAAACAAAAACAUUUUGUCCAAUGGCUGGUUGUGAAGGAAUUUGCAGUGGACUACCAGACCUGGCACAACCUACAGUCUGUCAAGAGUGUGGGUAUACCUUCUGCUUUGCUUGUAAAGAACACUGGCAUGCUGCUAUGACUUGUGAUGAGUAUAAGAAGGUGAUCUCUGAUUCACAAUCAGGAACAAGAUUUGUGGAUAUAUUAAGAGAAAAUGGUGAAUCAGGAGACAUCAAGGAGUGCCCUCUCUGUCAAGUAUUAAUAAUGAGAGAAGCAGGAUGUGCCCAGAUGAUGUGUGGCCACUGUAAACACAUCUUCUGUUGGCACUGUUUAAAAUCUUUGGAUACUGACAUAAUGUUAAGACAUUAUGACAAAGGUCCAUGUAGAAACAAGUUAGGCCACUCACGGGCAUCACUAUUCCUUCACAGGACACAGGUUGUUGCUGGAUUUGCUUUCUUUGGAUUGAUGGUUUUGGUGGCAUCUCCAUUUCUACUGUUAGUCUCACCCUGUUUGCUGCUUUCAAAAUGUCUUUUUCGUAACAACUGACAUCUCAAAAAAGGAGCAAAUUCUUCUCUAAGAAAAGUUGGUUUCAAUGUUUCAAAUUAAAAUUCUGGUCCAUUGUAAGGGCCAGUUCAAAAAUUAUAUUGAUCUGAAUUAACUUGUUGCUGUUGUUGCUGAAUAAGUAAUUCUGUAAAACAGAAAUAUGCUUAGAUGUACUGCCAAUGUCCAUUUCUAAAAUGAAUUAACUGUGAUGAACUUAUGAAGUAGUGACAUUCAUAUUGAUGACAUCUGUUUCACUGAAAGUCUUUUCAUCCAGUUACUCUUAAUAGCAAAUUGAUAAUAGAAAUAAUAAAGUGUAAUUUCUAUGAAGACUAAAAGAGCUUACUUUAAGCAAAAAAAAAGUGCCUGUUCAAUUUGUCACAAUUCAAGUUCUUAACAUAAAUUUAAUUUAACUGUUGCUCCUUCCUCUUAGGAUGUAAGGAAAAUAAGAAUAAGAAUAAAAAAGACAUUCUUUGCCGUU